UUAAAAUGGAAGAAAAUCAAGACUUUGACAUGUAUGAGGAUAGUUACCACACCGAAGCCAAGCAUGAAGUCCAGGGACUCGACAGGAACGGUGUCAUGCCAGUUAUGCCUGGCUCAAUCAAAAAUUCUAGGAACACCCAUAUCAGAGGAGCCCAUUCUGAAAAAGCGAAUAAGCGACAGAGAAAUGGCUUUGAUGCUUCCGACCCUCUUAGUGAAGACCCUUCAGACGACAGAAGCAACAAAUUCAAAGAAAUGGGUACCAACUCUCGAGCAGGUUUGCAAGAAGGGUCUCCCAAUAAAAAUAAGCAAUUGAAAACAAUGAGUCUGGGACGAGAGUUAAAAUAAAAAGCAAUUUGAGGACUUCCCUAAGCCUCGCUCUGCAGAGGAAACCAUGAACUUGAUUGUAGAAAGUUUUCUUGACGGUGAAGAUGGAUACUGAUUAGACCCCAACCAUGUGAUAUUACCUAGCUUUGAUGAAGCUCGUCACUCUACGAAGAAUAAUGGAAUGAUCAAAGCUUACGCAGCAAAUACGAACCAAGGAGUCUUCAGAAACUACAACGAAGACCGAGUCUCCAUCAUCCUGAACAUCACCAUGCCUGCGUUCAAACAACUCGAAGAGUGGCCUACGUGCAGCUUCUUCGCAGUGUACGACGGCCAUGGAGGAGCGUCUUGUGCUGACUUUUUGAGAGACAAUUUGCACCAGUUCAUCAUCAAACAAGAGUCGUUUCCAUCUGAUCCUCACUUGGCAAUCCGAGAAGGCUUCCAAGAGGCUGAAGACUUCUUCCUUGAAAUUGUUGAGAACGCUGCAGAUGAAGCCAUGAGAGAAGCCCAGGCCACCGACCAUGAAGGCUAUGUCGAUAACAGCGGGUCUUGUGCAAUCGUCAUUCUGAUCGUCGACCACAAAGUCUACGUGGCCAACGUAGGAGACAGCAGAGCACUCAUGUCAGCAGACGGCGGCCGCAGAGUCCUCGAACUCAGCAAAGACCACAAGCCCAAUGAAGAACGCGAAACCGUCAGGAUCAUCCAGAACGGUGGCAAAAUUUACCAGACCCAGACAGUUGUGCCCAAGAUGGAUGGAACUGGAAGUGAGUGCAUUCUCGGUCCGCACAGAGUGUUUCCAGGCAGACUGAGCGUGUCUAGGUCGUUCGGAGAUAUCGAAGCCAAGCUCCCGAAGUACGGAGGAAACAUGAAGGGCAUCAUCGCCACUCCUGAAAUCAGAGUCUUUGACGUUGAUGAUUCAAUGGACUACAUCAUCUUGGCUUGCGACGGAAUCUUCGACAAACUGACCAAUAAAGAAGUAAUCCAGACUGUCUGGGAGGGAGUCAUGGAGAGCAGCAUUCAGGACCCUCACAGACAUUGCGGAAUCGCCGUAGACCGCAUCCUCAGGACCUCAGUUGCGAAGAAGACUAUGGACAACAUCACUGUGGUCUUUGUGGCUUUCAACAACUUUGAGAGGUGCAUUCUUGGAGGACCGAAGCCAUUUCAGAGCAGUCAGGCCAACAUCCAGAAAGUUAACUCGGACUCUCAAGGUUAUGUGGUUGACGAAGAGUCGAUGGAUGAAGAAGACUUUCCUGCUCAUUGCAUUUCAGACUUCGGCUACAUCAAAGGUAGAUGAGAGACUCCACCUUAUCUCAAGCCGAGACCCAAAGGACAUGUGAACAAGUUCGAAGCUCCCACAAUCAUCACAUCAAAUCCAGAAGAACUGUGAAAUGAGCCUCCACAAGUGUUGCCAGGAUACGAGAACAUUGGAGUUGAUUGAAGCAAAAACAUGGAAGACCCUAACUGGGCAGUCGAGUCAGAGAAGGACUACAAACACGAAGAAUUUGAAGAGGGAGAAAUACAACACCCGUAUGACAACCUCAGUUCACAAAAAUUUGCUGAAAAUCUUAAUGAUACUGGCCAUGGUGAGAAUUCACAAAGCAACAGUCAUUCAAAGAAGAAAUUUGAUGAUUUUGAGCCUACUAAAAUACAAAAGACUCAAAAAGUAGAGCAGAAGAAAAUAUUUAAAUCAUCAAAUACCCAAAAGAUUCCUGAGCAUAACAGCGGAGUGUCUUAUAAAAAUAGGCCAGAUUCUAAAGAAAAUAGUAAACCUCGUGUUGUAAAAUCAGCCAAGAGAGGCUCUUCUGAGAAUACAAAGAAAGUCAGCUCCAAGAUACUUGCUAACUCUAGUAUUGCAAAGAGUCAGAAGAGAGCCACUUCUAAUAAGGAUAGGAAACAGAAGUCAUCUCCAAUUAGGACAACUAAGAUAUCAGAGAAGAAUGAGAUGGGAGUUACCCAUUACUUCUCUAAUAAACCCAAACCAUCUUCUAGUAAAGGUCAGAAACAGUACCUUACAAAAAGUAGCAAUUCAGGAAGAGCUGGCAAGAAUGAUGGGGCGUACAAAGAACCUAUUUAUCGUCACGCAAAGCUAAUAAAGGCUAAUAACCUAAAUCUAUCGUUGAAUAAUUACAAAACAGAGAUGCAGUUACCACAGGCCGCUAAGUAUAUCGCAGACCCACAGUUUGCUAAAUCACCUUUCCUCUCAAAGACAAUGCAAGGAGUGAUGCAGCCAAAGCCUGCAGGAAAGAAAAAGGCUACUAAAUAUGGAAUGUUAGGCUACUCCUUCCAACCUAAAGGUGGUACAACAAAUCCAGAAAGGACACCUCAAAUUCAACUAAAAAGAGGUAGCAAGGAUAAGAGCAAGCUGUUUAACACUAAAAAGUUGAGUUUCAACUACUAUAAUGGAAAGCAAAUGCAAAAUCUCAAUGAUUUCCUAAGCAAGAAUGCUUUAAAAACAUCAAAAAUCUACAACUCAAGGAAUGACAAAACAAUGGGAUUUGGAAAUGGAGGCCAUUUCUUAACUACAGGAGACGGUAUGCUUGACAAGAGGUACAGCAACAGAGCAAGACAACCAAAGCAAACAUAUUAUAUUAAUAAAAACCGGAUGAACAAGACAAUGGUGAGUGAUAUGAAUAAGUCAGCUCAUCAGGAUUACUCUUUUACUCACUCUACUUAUCAGAAGAGGAGCGGCUCAGGGAAAGUUAAAAAGAGAGGAACUUAUGUCAAAGAUAAUCUCGUCAGAGAGAGGCACUCUAAAGAAGGUACAGAUAGAGAUUUAAAGUUCAAUCUAAAAUCUAAAUCUCAGAAGCCAAAGAGCGGGAGGAACAUCUCUAGGAAUAACAAAAACACAGGGAUAUAUAAUAUGGCUCCCGUGAUGAAUAAUGCUUAUAAGAAAUAA